AUGUCAGGACCGCCGACGGCUACUGUCCUGUGUGACGAGAAUUGGCGAGCAGCCGAGCGCGACGACACGUUGACCCGAAUGGGGAAAAGCCGCUGGGACAACAUGCUGGGUGCUGGUUGGCUCGUCGAGGAGGACGACGAAGAGAAACAACGACCAGCGGCGACAAGGACCCGCCGUGUUGAAGGCGACGGGGACGGGGAAUUAGGACGAGGAAGUGAUCGAGGAUCGAUUAUAUGA